AUUUGUGAAAACGUCCAUGAACCGCGAAAAAGGUAUGUAUCCAGUCGUAUUUCGAGAUCAGCAACAUGAUGAAACCACGUGACUCGAUGUAAAAAAUAUUGAAUAUUUUGAUGACUGAGAAAUGGACGGCAAAUUUUUCACAAGAAAGAGAAAAUUACUCUCUUAUUUUCUGUCACGAGCUUGGUAUGUAUAUUUCCUAACAAAUUAACUAGCUUUAUUUAAAUCUACACAGUUUUAAUAGGCAUUUUUUGCAACAAAAGUGUACAUUUUUAGCCAUUUUUUUUGUUCAAUUUACGUACGGGGUUUGUCAACAUUCGGGUCUCUCGCAACUCGCAGUUCCCGGAUUAUUCCAAACUUCGCUCCAAAAUUUAAAUGUCAAAAAUUACCGGGAGUUUGACAAUGUUUUUGUUCGAUAUCUGUGUCAGAAAACGAUCAGAAAAUGUAGUUAAAAGUGUGCAAAUGCUUUAUUUUUGGGAAGUUAAAUUCGUGGCACAGGAAACGACCACGAAAGAGCCUAAUUUGUUGGCUAAGAAUGCCAAUUUAUCUUGAUUUUUGACUUGCUUUUAACCCUUGGCAAGCGCAUUCAAAAUAUGGACAAGGUUUGUUUGGGUAUCUUUCAAUUUUGGAGGAAUUUUAUAGUUGUGAAAAAGUGUGAGCCAUGUUUAUAUAAAGGGAUUGGAGUUUCAGUUUCCUUAAUGUCUGUAGAUAAAAAUACAUUUCUGCUGGCUGGGUCAGACUGUAAAGUUUUGGCUUUGGAGGAAAUUAAUUUUCUGCUCAAAAAUUCUUGCAAUUAUGUAACAAUUAACUGCAAAUAAUUUCUGAAGAAUCUGCAAAAAAUUCGUUGGUGAACUAAGAACCAAGCAGAUUUCCAAUCUUCCUAUUCGACAUAAACACUUUCUGACUGCAGCAGGGCCUUUGUUUGCCAUAAUCUUCUGUGAAAAUAUCUGACAUUUCUCUGUAUUUUUCCCAAGGAAAAAAAUAUGUCCUGCACAAAAUUUUUCACUCUGGUAGGGUGUGUGGAGUCGCUUUGCCCAACAAAAGGGUGUUGUCAGAAAAAUGUUUUUAAAGAUGUUGGGAAAACUAAAAAAGUUUAUAAGGGUCCCACAGGGUAGCAUCACCAUUCUCAUCCUCAGGUCUAUGCUACGUUGCUCUUCACAGUAGACCUGGCUCAUGGGCCAACGAUGUAAAGACACUAUUAUCAAUUGCCAAAAGGAUAAAACCCCUAGAUGGGUAUGGUGACAUGCUCCCCCCGAAAAUUGUGUAAUUUAGAGUCCCUGAAAUGCCAAUUCAUGCACUUUGGGUGAUGAUUUUACAGAAUUGUGAUGGUCAGAAAAUGACAAAUUCCAUAGGAAAAACUAAAUUUUUAAAAUACUGUGACUGUAAUGUGUGCAUUGCUUUGAACCAGAAUGACGUCCAUGGAAUAUGGAGGAAGACCCUAAGAAUGAAGACAUACUGAUUGCUCAUAGCACUAUUGAUGUGCAAGCUAUCCAUGAUGAUCAUCAUGAAAUUCACGACCAAUCUAUCAUUGUUGAAGAACAGGGCAAAGAUGUUGGGAAGGAAGAAGGUUCAUGACUCAUUUUCAUGCAACAGAAAAAAUAAUUCAGAAUGAAUGUUUUUUUUGCAGUAAAGUAGGGAGCAUUAUCUAUCAUAAUAAACUGGUUAAAUGAAAAGCCCUGCUUUAAAUAAAGUUAUCAUACUGUUUUCAUUGUAGUUGGUGAUAAUUCUGAAUGUGAUCUGAAGUCUAGAACACUUCAACAGAUUUCUGAAGAAAAUGUCCAAGUAAGGCUUUAAAGGAUUCACAGGAAAAAAAAUUUAAAUUUCUGUUAAUGGUUUUUGAAUCGUUUUUACAGUUGUGCUAAUAGAAGCAUUCUGAAAAAUGUUGACCAAUUCAUUUCCUAGGAGUUCCUUUGAACAAUUCCUCAACAAUUUGAUAAGUUCCUUAAAAAGUUCCUGUCUUUCUGUUUCAUUGACCAAUCAAAUUUUAUAUCUUAUUUUUGAGCAAUCUGAUUGGUCAAUGAAACAGGAAGUUAGGAACUUUUUAAGGAACUUAUCAAAUUGUUGAGGAAUUGUUCAGAGGAACUCCUCGAAGUUAGGAAAUGAACUGGUCAACAUUUUUUGGAAUGCUUCUAUUGGCACAACUGUAAAGGUUUAAUUAAUAUGCAUACUAUCAAUGCAGAUUUCUGAUAUGGUAAAUUGGUCAAAACCAUCGUGUUUGAUAUUAAUACCAUCAUAAUGGUAUUUUUCUGUGCAGAGGAAAAAAAUAAAGUAAAAUUAAAGUAUUAAUUGUAAAUAUUAAACACAUGGUAUUUACUAAUUUAUUAACCAACCAUUAUACUGUAUAUGCAGUAUAUGGCUCUGGUGUAAUGGACUGUGCCUUAAUGGUUGGCUUUUGGUUACAUUCCGUACAUGGUAUUCAAAUCUAGGUAUCGACAUCCACCAUGGAUUGUUAUUCUGUACCCAGUAUGGUUGAGUCAGAUCUUUCUUCGUCUGUGUGUCCUAUCGAGCCAAUGGACCAAUCACCCAGCUUGCCAAGGCUAGCAAUGGCACCAGUACCUGAUGAUGCCCAGAAUGCAUUGCAGUCUGAAUGUGAUGAAAUUAACCAAGCGUGGUUCACAACAAAAGAAGACAAAGAUAGUUUGCAGGGAAAAGGUAUUUGUGCAUUUGUCUAGUAGUAGACUAGUUAGCUGUUUGGUGGUAAACAGUUGUUAUGGUACUAAUGGUUUUGGUGAUUAAUGAUGUGGGUGAUUGAUAAUUAUAAUUAUAUGAUUAUAGUGGUGAUGGGUAUAAUGAUGGUGGUGCAGAUGACAAAGAUGGUGGUGGUGAUGUUGGUGAUGGUAAGGAUGGCAAUAAUGAUGGUUAUGAUGUUGGUGUGGAUGAUGGUGGUGAUGAUGAUUAA